AUGCCCACCACGCCGGAACGUCUUCCGCAGCCCAACAAUCCGCACCGCGCUGCUCUCCUCGUUCUCCACCACUUCAAACACGCCGUCAUCCGCGCGCCCGUCCUCGAAGUUGUCCUCUUCAUCACGCUGACUGCGGCAGAAGCACCAACGCAGCGGAUCCACAAUGCAAAACAGAGGGUGCCGCGUCGUCCCCCAGUCCCUCGGCACAACAGCAUCCAGGUAGACCAUUAUCACAGCGUACAGCACCGUGUCAAGCAGAAGCACACCCAUGAUCGUGAGCAUGUUCGGCUGGUCACGGGAACUCGUGGUGUCGGACAUGGUCAUUCCACCGCCCAGCUCGUGGCUGAACAUGAUAGAAACACCAACGGAGAAUCCGCUCGGCGACAGCACAGAAGCAGCAAUCUUCGCAGGACCGGUAGAAUCCGACACCACAAAGAGAGGGAUCGCGAAGACGAAGUAGAUCAGCGGCGACAGUAA